AUGUACGAGCCGAGCAUGAGUACGACUCGAACAUCGGCAGUUCAUGUGUUCGCCGAACACACGGACUAUCAGGGCAUUUGGCGGGCUGUUCGCCUGCCAAGCGCCCCCCACGAGGCACUGCACACCGCACAGUGCCUUGUCCAUUCUCAGGGUCUGGUAGUCAUUACAAUGAGUCAGUAUACAGCAGCAUCCUUCUCUCUGGUCCUCACUGAACAGCAUCCUCUGGUGCUCAUUGCACAUCUUCCUCUGGUGCUCAUUGCACAUCACCCUCUGGUCCUCAUCGCACAGCAUCCUCUGGUGCUCAUUGCACAUCUUCCUCUGGUGCUCAUUGAACAUCACCCUCUGGUCCUCAUCGCACAGCAUCCUCUGGUCCUCAUUGCACAGCACCCUCUGGUCCUCAUUGCACAGCAUCCUCACUCUCUCUCCUCCAGGAUGUCCAUCGUUCAGGCUGAGGACCAUCUGUGCACCUACCAGGAGGCCAUGCAACAAAGCGCCUUCCUAGAGGAGGAAUUUCCUCUGCCCUCUCCCACCAAGGGGGCCCUGCGGAGGCGCCGAGAGAGCCGGCUCCGCUCCCAGCUCCUCUCCUUCGAGGAGAUCCGGGAGGUGGAGGAGGAAGGGAUCUCUCCCACCGAGGAGGAGAAAGCCAGGAAGUCUUUUCUGCAGUCCCUGGAGAGCCUCAGGAGAAGCUCCAACCACACUCAACUCCGGAAGGACAAACUCAACCACUAUAAUAAACUCUCAUUGGACUCCAGCGAUUCGGACUCCACUCUGUGAGGGGGCCCAUCU